GUGUAACGGUCUUCUUCGAGGUAUGUUUUGCAGCCUGCAACAACUUGAAGUAACGUUUCUUGCAUAUGGCAAAAAGAGCAAUCGGACGACUGAGUAGGAAGUUGUUUAGUUUCCAUACUGCUCGACCUGAUGACGUUAUUAGUUUACCCUAAACCUAACCUUAACCCUCUAACGGCUCUAAACCUAAACCUAAACCUGACCCUAAAAGUAACCCCAACUCUUUACAUGAAAUAAUUAUUCAUGCUGAUGAUCCUCAUAAUGGUCAUAGACCUCGUAUCAGUGCAGUAUCCAAGGCAACUCUUUCCGAUGUUAUUGUUCGAUGGACAGGACAGGACCGAUACAGGACUUUCUAGGGGACAUCGGGAGCACAUGAUAAGAAUAUUCUGUGUCGGUGGUUUGCAAUAUUUCUAAAUCGGAAAUAUGAGUGGAGUGAGUACAUAUAACCCAUCAGUGAGGGUUGGAAACUGGAACGAAGACCUUUGUCUCGAGGAGGAUCUUCUCAAAGACUUUAUUGAGAAAAAAGAGCGAGGGGAGCUUCUUAUUGACAAAACACACAAUCUAUAUUCCAAAAUUCUUAAAAAGGUUGAUGUCUCCUCAUCAAGUGAUGGAUAUAUCAGAUUUGGUGAUACAGUUUGUGUUUACAACCCUGAAACUGACACUACUUUGUCAGUCAAUAUGACAGACAGCAAACUACAUGAGGCUGAAUGUAUUGAAGGACCCUGUGGAGUGUCUGCUUCAAAAUCUUUGGAGCCAAGUGUUCGAAAUGCAUUUGUCAUUAAAAGCUGUGAUGAGUCAAGAGAUGGUGAUGCUUUGGUGUAUGGUCAACAUUUUCUUCUAAGUACUUUAUCUGGGAUUGGUGGAGAUCUCAACUUACACAGUGAUACUGCUACAUUCAUGAAAUGUGCUAAAAAAUCAAGAUUGCAAGAAGUUAUUUUGCAAAAAGAAAUCGCAUAUCAUUGUCACUGGGAAUUGCUCCAUUUAGACCCAAGAGAAAGGCUCGAGACAGAGGGUUUGCCAGUUCCAGCUAAUGAGAAAUUGCUGAUAAACCAUUGUAAAACAAAUCAGAGACUCGCUGUUCUGCCAGAAUUUACUUUCAGAACUCCAUUUGGUCGCGAUUAUGAGGUCACUGCUAACACGAAGCUGAAUUCUCACAAAGCAGAAGAGGCAAGCAACCAUUGGGUAAUUGUACAAAAUACAACGGCUGCUGACUAAAACUGAACUCUGUCAGGUUGCUAUGAUUCAUAUCAUGUGUGUAAUUAUCUUGUUCUAUUGUUGUAUUUUAUUUUGAAGAUGUAAAAUAUUCGCUAA